AUGGGCAAGCGCCUCUUAUGGGCCCUUAGUGCCCUCGCUGCUUGUGCGUUCGCGCACGACUCGUCCAUAACCACUCCUUCUAAGGCCCUCCUGCCUCGAGCCACGUCGACGAACAGCGCCUGCGCACUGGCAUCGAGUGCUGCGCAUUCCUAUCUAGCGAACGAAGAGACGGCAACUACUGCCCACAUUCCUGCAGAACUUGCUUACAACUGUUUGAAAUCGAUCCCCAACUACAAAGAGCCGGCGGUCAGCCUCUUGAACUCGUUACGGACGUACAUCGAGUUCCAGAGUACCAAGGAAUAUCUGCGAGACCCGCCCACGGGCUACCUUCUUCCAGCUGUGGACAUAGAUGCGGGAUUGGAUGGCAUACAACAAAAGCUGCAAGCGGGUGGAUAUGAUAGCGAAUAUGAUUUCCAAGGAGAAAUCGUGUCGUUGCUGCUGUCUGCCCAUGACGGGCAUCUUGAUUGGCAUGGUGACGUUCACGGAGCCUUCACCUAUCUCCGGCUUGGUGGUGGCUUGUACUCUGUCUCCUCGGAUGGAGUGGAACCGCCGCUUGUGUAUGUCGCAGCUGAUCUCAUUGUGAGCGACCCGGACACCGACAUGCGACGAGCAGUUACGGGAUACCGUCCCUCGCCGGUUCAGAGCAUUAACGGCAUCGACGUCAUGGACUUCCUAUUGACCCAGUCGCUGAAUCGCCGGUCUCAGGAUCCGGAUGCCCUGUGGAAUAUGAUGUUUCGAUCUCUUCUAUCUGUACACGCGUCUUUUGAAUUUCCACUAUUCUAUCCCGGCCCCGAAACCAACAUCACCUUUGCAAAUGGAACCACGAAGACAUACGAGAACGUCGCUAUCACGAACGUGGAUUUGGCGGGGAUCAAUACAGGAGAGGAGGCCUACUCUAUGUUUUGUUCCGGGGUCGAAGUGUUAGAAUCGUUGUCUGCAACAGCAUCUGUGGCUCCUACCGCCAGCUCAAGCAUUUUGACCACCACCUCAGACAUCACCACACCAACAGAGGCUCCAACGAGCUCACCGACUAUUUCCGGCUUUCCUUAUCCGGUGAUUAAGCAUAGUGCUGGCUCGGUGGCCGGAUACUAUUUGAAUGAUACCGGUUUCACCGAUGUCGCCAUCCUUCAAAUCCUCGAAUUUGGGUCGCAAACCGAUGACUCGGCAGAAUACGAGAGAGAAUUCCAGUCGGCUGUCGAGAAAUUCCUUGCUGCGUCGGUCAGGACUGGUAAGAGGAAGCUGAUUAUCGACCUUCGAGGCAACCCAGGUGGUUUUAUCGACCUUGGCACAGAUACAUUCGCACAGCUUUUUCCCUCGUUGACACUAAAUUCGAAGUCGAACAUGCGAGAUCACUUGGGGUUUUGGAUUCUCGGAAACGCGGCGUCCGACAACAUAACAGCUGCGGGGCGAACCGCCAACACCACGGAUGAAUUGGUAUCAGAAAGAUUUUACACCCCUUUGGCUUACCAGACGGUGGUGACUGAGAACCAUACGGAUUUUCCUGAUUUCCAGACAUAUUAUGGUCCGAAUUUCAUGUACGAUGGGAUGUGGACCUCCUUCUUUCAGAACAACUAUACAGAACCCAACGCCUCGGACUUUGCUGGGACAGGCAUCAUCAUUACGGGGACAAACGACCGGACCGGCUAUAGACAGCCUUAUGCUUCACAGGAUAUUGUUGUACUCACUGAUGGGUACUGCGCGAGCACUUGUUCAGUCUUCACCGAAUAUCUGAAGACCUACGCCCACGUGCAGUUCAUCGCGAUUGGAGGACGGCCACAGACAGGGCCCAUGCAAGCAAUUGGUGGUGUCAAGGGAGCGCAGGCCUUCACCUACAGCCUCAUUGCAAGCUGGACUGAUCUUUUCAACGACCCAUCGAACCACUACAUCGGUGAGGCGAAUGGCACCAUGUGGGAGAACUUCACCUACGAACCCUUGCUUCGGGAAUUUGGCUUUUCGGGUGGCAGUGUCAACGGACGCAAUCAUUUCCGAAUGGACGAUGAAACAAACACGCCCCUCCAAUUCGUGUAUGAAGCUGCGGACUGUCGGAUGUGGUGGACUAGAGAGAUGCUUUAUGAUCCAGUAUUUCUCUGGAAGCGUGUGGCGACCAUGGCGUUCCAAGAACGCAAGGGAACACAGUUUAACUCGAAAUACUGCGUCGCCAAUAGCACGGGCCACCCGACCAGUAUUUCAGGCGGCUGGAAAACUGGACUGGGACCGCAGACUCCACCAGAAAUUGCCAAAGCGACUAUCAAAGGAUGGAAGUUGACCGGCACUCCUCUUCAGGCGGCAAAAGCUGGCACUUCUCUCGCAGGUUCGGGGUCUGGGUCGGGUCUGGGCUCAGACUCGACGACCGGGCUGGGCGAUGCGCAUGUGGUGGUUGAGAAUAAUGCUGUUGCUGAUACCACCGACACCGACAGUGAGGAUCUGGCUUCGUUCAAGCAAUAUUGUUCGAGCUAUACUGGCGAUGCAUGGUUUGUCAAGCUCAUGUGCGGGGCGCUGCAGUGA